UGGAGGGAGAUUCCGUGUGUGGAAAUCGAGCUGUAAUUGAAAGCCUCCCUUCUUUUUCCCUCCUUCCCUCCCUCUUCCUGCUUCAUAUGCUUCCACUCCAUUCAACAGCCUAUAAAUACCUCAAAUCAUCACCUUCUUUUCUCACACAACAUCUUCUCGUUCUUCUUAUUCUUUAAGAUCCUUCACUUCACCUGUUACAACCAAUCACACUCAUAAAACAUGGAACUAACCACAAUCUUAUGCUUCUCUGCUGUUACCUUUCUCUUCAUUCUUUUUCUCUUCAGGACACUCAUCAACCCCUUUGUCUCCAAACGCCCUGACUUACCACUCCCACCUGGGACCAUGGGCUGGCCUUAUAUAGGAGAAACCUUUCAAAUGUAUUCUCAAGACCCAAAUGUCUUCUUUGCCUCCAAAAUCAAAAGGUAUGGCUCUAUGUUCAAGUCCCACAUUCUGGGAUGUCCCUGUGUGAUGAUUUCCAGCUCCGAGGCUGCCAAGUUUGUGCUCAACAAAGCUCAGCUGUUCAAGCCAACAUUCCCAGCUAGCAAAGAGAGGAUGUUGGGAAAACAAGCUAUCUUCUUUCACCAAGGAGAGUACCAUGCUAACUUGAGACGGCUUGUUCUUCGCACCUUCAUGCCAGAAGCCAUAAAAAACAUCGUCCCAGACAUUGAAUCCAUUGCCCAAGAUUGCUUAAAAUCCUGGGGAGGCCGCUUGAUCACCACUUUCCUUGAAAUGAAAACGUUCACCUUCAACGUUGCCCUGCUUUCAAUUUUCGGGAAAGAAGAGAUUCUGUACAGAGAUGCUCUGAAACGGUGCUACUACACUCUGGAGCAAGGGUACAACUCAAUGCCCAUUAACGUUCCGGGGACACUGUUCCACAAGGCGAUGAAAGCGAGAAAGGAGCUUGCACAGAUCUUGGCCCAAAUAAUCUCUAGCAGGAGGCAGAGGAAACAGGAUUACAAGGACUUGUUGGGUUCGUUCAUGGGAGAGAAAGCAGGGCUCACCGACGAGCAGAUAGCAGAUAAUGUAAUUGGCGUCAUUUUUGCAGCUCGUGAUACCACGGCCAGUGUGCUGACGUGGAUUGUCAAGUACCUUGGUGAAAACCCCAGUGUCCUAGAAGCUGUUACUGAGGAACAAGAGUGCAUAUUGAAGAGCAAGGAAGAAAGUGGAGAGGAUAAGGGUCUGAAUUGGGAAGAUACCAAAAAGAUGCCAAUAACUUCAAGGGUUAUUCAGGAAACACUAAGAGUUGCUUCAAUUUUGUCUUUUACUUUCAGAGAGGCAGUAGAAGACGUUGAAUAUCAAGGGUAUCUCAUACCAAAAGGGUGGAAAGUGCUACCUCUAUUUAGGAACAUACACCACAGUCCAGAGAACUUCAAGGAGCCAGAAAAAUUUGAACCCUCAAGAUUUGAGGCUGCACCAAAACCCAAUACAUUUAUGCCAUUUGGGAGUGGGAUCCACGCUUGUCCAGGGAAUGAACUGGCCAAGUUGGAGAUUUUGGUCCUCCUACAUCAUCUCACCACAAAGUUCAGGUUGGUAAAACAAAGUCACUCACUCACAUUCCAAAUUAGGGGGUUUAGAAUGUUUAUAAAGUGUUGCUUCUAUUGUUAUGGUGCAGGUGGUCUGUUGUGGAUGCAAAGAAUGGGAUUCAAUAUGGCCCUUUUGCUCUUCCCCAAAAUGGUUUACCCAUCACACUAUAUCCCAAGAAGAAGUAGAAGUAGUAGAUACUAAAUAUCAUCAUCACUCAAACAAAUCACACAUCCAACAUCCUGGUUUCAUAGUAGCUUUCUAAAUAUGGAAAGAACGAAUGCCUUCACAACUCUCAGAAUUGGUUUCCACAGUCUCCACAUAUAUAGUUCAAAGACAGAGACCGUAUUGCAAUUGGAUAACCAAACAAGGGUGAUCAACAACUCUUCCCUUCUUUUUGGCCAAGAGAAACCCAAAGGGGUAGUCUUGGCAAUAAUAACAUACAACACAGGGAUGUCAACUGUACAUAGGAGGUUUCACAGCCAGGUCCAGAUCAUAGUAUUAUUAUUAUCUUCUUUUCUUUAUUAUUUUUUCUCCUUCAAAUAUCACCAAAACUCCUCACCAUAUUAUUGUAUUCAUCCAUUCAACUAAUUAUUACUUCUGUAUCCAUAAGAACGCCGCAAGGCCGAAAUAAAAAGUGAAACUUUUCUACUGAUAA